GGCUCUAUCGAUUGGAAUAACAUGUGUGUUUUGUUUAUAAUUUUGUGUUGAUUCCGGAUUUCAGUUGUUGAAUUGAGUUAUCAAUCUUAAAUCAGAAAGUGACUCGAGUACUAUUAAAAUGAUGCACUACCGCAAGGCGGAGAAUGUUGAGCGGGAGUUGAGCAAGAGUGAAUGGCGAUUUGAUGACUGCGUACCCAAGACCCAAAAGGAUUUCCUCUGGAUGCAGGUUAAAGGCGCCACCAAAGUGAGCAAUGUCAUUGAGUAUGCCCAGGCGGCGCUGAACAAGGGCGAACACCGCUGUCUAGUGUGGAGUGGCUCCGGCGGCGGAGUGGUCAAAACCAUAUCCUGCGCUGAGGUGCUUAAGCGUAGCCACCCCCUGUACCAGGUGACGCGCAUGGCCUACAACAGAUGAGUCCUCCUCAGCAUAAGAGCCAUAACAUCAUUGCGGGUUCAGUAAUAGUAGUUCUCAUUAAAGCGUGGAGGAACACCGGAAGCCAUAGAAUGAUGUCCUCGAGGAAAUCAUUGUCAACCGCCAGAUACCCAGCAUACACAUACUCAUGAGCCUGGACGAGGGAAUGGAACGCCUGCACGUACUCAGCCCCGCCAGCAUCAGCAAGGAGCAGCCAGUCGACCAAAUAAACGACCUAGAUAUGGACGCAACAAGCAGCAGCAAGGAAACCCAGAGCGGAGCACAGAGCAGCUCCCUGUUCCUGCUCCAAGUCCUGGCCAAUGACUUUUCUUUAACUACUCUAAUCGCCUAGAAUGCUUUGUGUACCCUUUGUAGGGAUAUGCAAAUAAAGUAUAAUUUACUAUGUA